UAAGUUGGCAGCCCCUGCUUUUAACUCACAUGUUGUGCGGUAACAUCCACAGAAUGUGCCGGCAUAUUUCUCAUUGAAAGGAACACAAAAUAAAAUGUGCUGUAAAUAGGAAAACACAUAACAAAAUGUACAAGACAAUAUGCCGCACAUUGAUGCGAACAACUGGCCCAGGCAUAUGGAAGCGCCGCACACUAUUCACGACCUUCGUUCGCUUGGAGAACAAAGCCGAUGCAAAGGCGAAGGGCACGGCGGGCACAGAAGCAGGGGCAGCAUCCAAUUUAUCGCAGGAGGCACUGCUCCAGGAGUUCAGUCGAAUGCCUGUCAAGCGUAUACGAAACUUUAGCAUCAUUGCGCACGUGGACCAUGGCAAGAGCACUCUAGCAGAUCGUGUGCUGGAGCUAACGGGUGCCAUUGCACGCAAUGCUGGACAAAAUCAGGUGCUUGACAGUCUGCAGGUGGAACGAGAACGCGGCAUCACAGUCAAAGCACAAACAGCUUCCAUAUUCUAUCAGUAUAAGAAGGAGUUAUAUUUGCUAAACCUAAUCGAUACACCUGGCCAUGUGGACUUCUCCAAUGAGGUCUCUCGCUCGUUGGCCGCAUGCGAUGGUGUUAUUCUCCUCGUAGAUGCCUGCCACGGCGUGCAAGCGCAGACUGUGGCCAACUUCCAUCUGGCCAAGCAGCGACAGCUGGCCGUUGUGCCGGUGCUGAAUAAGAUAGAUAUCAAGCAUGCUCAGCCCGACCAGGUGGCCAAGGAUAUGCAAUUAUUAUUUGGAAUUGAUCCAGACAGCGUCUUGCGUGUUUCAGCUAAACUAGGCACAGGAGUUGCUCAAGUGCUGGAGCGUGUCAUUGAGACAAUCCCCCCGCCGAAUGUUGAGCGAGAGAGCGCAUUUCGUGCGUUAAUCUUCGACAGCUGGUUCGACAAAUAUCGCGGGGCACUGAAUCUCAUUUAUGUGCUAAACGGUCAGCUAAAUGUGGGCCAGGAAAUACAGUCGCUGGCCACCAAAAAAAUGUAUCCCGUGAAAAGUUUGUCCGUACUACGUCCAGCUGAGUCCGCCGUUGAGAGUUUGUUGGCCGGCCAGGUGGGCCUCGUUGGUUGCAAUAUGCGCAACAGCAAGGAGUCCAUCAUUGGAGACACAAUACAUCUAAAACAUCAGACAGCUGAGGCUGCUGGCAGCUAUCGACCACAGCAACCCAUCGUAUUUGCGGGCGUCUUCCCUGUGGAUCAGUCCAAGCACGUCGCCUUACGCAGCGCCAUCGAUAAAAUGGUACUUAACGAUUCGGCGGUCACGGUCAGUGUGGACUCUAGUCCAGCACUAGGCCAGGGCUGGCGUCUUGGCUUUCUCGGUCUGCUGCACAUGGAGGUCUUCUGUCAGCGGCUGGAGCAGGAGCAUGGCGCUGAGCCCAUUAUAACCGCCCCCUCCGUAACGUAUCGCAUCGUUCUACGCAAUCCGAAGUUGAUUAAGCAGCAUGGCAGGAACACACUGGAAAUAUCGAAUGCAGCAUUGCUGCCCGAACCGACCAGCAUUGAGGAGUACUACGAGCCACUUGUCCUGGGCACCAUUAUAACGCCCACUGAAUAUGUGGGUCAGGUAAUUGGAUUGUGUGUGGAGCGACGCGGCCUGCAGCAGAGCUCUGUAAAUAUCGAUGAAUCGCGCAUAUUGAUGAAGUAUGUUCUGCCGUUAAGCGAAAUCAUAUUGGACUUCCAUGAUCGCCUGAAAUCCCUUAGCUCUGGCUAUGCCAGCUUCAGCUACGAGGAUCAUGGCUAUCAUCCCACUCAACUGGUGCGUCUUGAUAUACAUUUAAAUGGGCGGCCAAUCGAGGAAUUGUGUCGCAUUGUGCAUGUCAGCAAGGCCACAGGUGUGGCUCGUCAAAUGGUGCACAAGCUUAAGGAUCUCAUACCCAAGCAGAUGGUACAGAUUGCCAUACAAGCGUGCGUGGGCAGCAAAGUGCUUGCGCGUGAGACAAUUAAAGCCUAUCGGAAGGAUGUAACGGCAAAGCUGUAUGGCGGCGAUGUAACACGGCGGAUGAAGCUGCUGAAACAACAGGCCGAGGGCAAAAAGAAGAUGCGCAUGUUUGCCAAUAUUCGCGUUCCUCACGAAACAUUUAUCGAUGUGCUCAAACGCUAAACGCAUGCCAAUUGCAGUUCGGGCGCAGCAAUACCAAAAAAUAAAUAAAUAGUCCAUGCAAUUAAGAAGGACGCGACGCGGCGCGUUUAAUUUCACAU